AGGAUAAAAUACGCAUGCACCUUAGAUAUUCCUCCCCGCCAACGGAUGAUGAGCCAGAGGAAGAAGUGUAGUUCAGCGUCGGAUUUGUGAGGAUUUAAACCCAAAACCCUCUCAUUACCGUUUGUUCAGUUGAGUUUUGCCACAGUUUUCAAUCACUUCCUCUCUCGAUUUUCCAUGGCUCUCUUGCCCAGUCGUCAGUUCUACCCGACAACAACCUCCUUCCUCGACUCGUUCCACAGCACCCGCCUGCAAUUCUUUAGGUACGGUUCUUCUAAUCGUUUCAGAACGCACAGUUCUUAUGUUACCCGGAACACUAUUGCCUCUAAUUCAACUAACCCACAAAGGAAAUCGAAUAUUGUUUUCACAAAUACACCGGUCUCCCAAUAUGAUUCCGGGGGUGUAAGUUCGUCUGGCGGCAAUUGGAUUGAUAAAUGGAAUGGACCCCACCAGAAAAGCCACCCCAAAGAGCCUCGGCCAGUGAUGAAUUAUCGAAAUAGUGAGACUGUUUCGAGGAGUGAUGGUGGCAGUGGUGGUGGGAGUACAAUGGAGAAGAUUGUGGAGAAAUUGAAGAAAUUUGGGUAUAUGGAUGAUGUUAAGGAGACGAAAGAGAAUGUACAGGAGAGAAUCAUUGAGAAAGGAUCUAUUGAGGAUAUUUUUUAUAUUGAAGAGGGAAUUUUACCCAACCCACAAGGUGGUUUUUCGCUGGACUCGCCAUUGGGGGUUGAAAAUAAGGGUGACGGCAAUGGGGAGGUUCGGUUUCCAUGGGAGAGACCAAAGGUGGAGGAAGGUUCUGUGAGGAUAAAGAGUAGAACUUCAUUGGCGGAAUUAACACUUCCAGAGUCUGAGCUGAGGAGGUUGAGGAAUUUGACCAUGAGAACAAAGAAUAAGACCAAGAUUGGAGGUGGGGGUGUUACUCAAGCAGUGGUGGAUAUGAUUCGUGAAAAGUGGAAAACAUCAGAGAUUGUGAAGCUGAAAUGUGAGGGGGCUGCUGCACUUAACAUGAGGAGGAUACAUGAGAUAUUGGAGAGAAAAACUGGUGGUUUGGUGAUAUGGAGAUCUGGCACUUCUGUUUCUCUAUAUAGAGGUGUGAGCUAUGAGGUUCCAGUCCAACUGAACAAAAGGGUGUAUAAAAAAAAUGAGACUUCCCACAGCUCCUUUUCCUCUAUCACCCCUAAUUCCUUUGCAAUUUCUUCUAAUAAAACUAGUGGGAAUGCUCCAGCAGUGGGUUCAAAUCAAAAUGUGCAUGCCUCUCAAGCAACCUUGAAAAUUACUGAUGGGGAGAACAAAGACACAGAAUCAGAAGUAAAGUAUGAGGAUGAAAUAGACAAGCUUUUAGAUGGUCUGGGGCCUAGGUACACAGAUUGGCCAGGAUGUGAUCCCUUGCCGAUAGAUGCAGAUCUGCUUCCAGGUAAAAUUCAUGGUUACCAACCUCCCUUCAGAAUACUUCCUUAUGGGGUGAGAUCUUCUCUUGGACUAAAGGAAGCAACAGCUUUGCGAAGACUUGCCAGAGUUCUUCCUCCCCAUUUUGCCUUAGGUAGAAGUAGGCAGCUUGAAGGUUUGGCCAUGGCCAUGACUAAGUUAUGGGAAAGAAGUUCAAUUGCAAAGGUUGCACUGAAACGUGGAGUUCAGCUAACUACUAGUGAGAGAAUGGCUGAAGAUAUCAAGAAACUGACGGGGGGUGUGCUUCUCUCUAGAAACAAGGACUUCUUGGUCUUCUAUAGGGGAAAGAAUUUUUUAUCAUCAGAUGUUACUGAAGCCCUACUGGAAAGGGAGAGAUUGGCGAAGGCUCUGCAAGAUGAAGAGGAGCAAGCACGGUUGAGAGCAUCAACCUUGAUUACACCAACUGUUGGAAUAACUGAACAAGUUGGCAGUGCUGGUACACUUGGGGAAACUCUGGAGGCAGAUGCUCGAUGGGGAAAGAGGUUGGAUGACCAUGAUAAACAAAAGAUGUUAAAAAAAGCGGAAGUAGCAAGGCAUGCUAACCUUGUUAGAAAGCUUGAGCGGAGGCUUGCUCUUGCUGAAAGAAAGCUAAUGAAAGCAGAAAAUGCCUUAUCUAAGGUAGAGGAAUUCUUGAAACCUGCAAACCGGCCAGCUGACCCAGAAAGUAUAACUGAUGAGGAGAGGUUUAUGUUCCGCAAGCUUGGUUUGAGAAUGAAAGCUUUCUUACUUCUUGGUAGGCGUGGAGUUUUUUCUGGGACAGUGGAGAAUAUGCAUUUGCAUUGGAAGUACCGGGAGCUGGUUAAGAUCAUUGUGAAGGCCAAAACCUUUGACCAGGUUAAAAAAACUGCAUUAGCCCUUGAAUCUGAGAGUGGAGGGGUCUUGGUUUCAGUAGACAAAGUCUCCAAAGGCUUUGCCAUAGUUGUAUUCCGCGGAAAGGACUAUCAGCGACCCUCCACAUUGAGGCCAAAGAAUCUUUUAACAAAGAGGAAGGCAUUGGCACGUUCAAUUGAGCUUCAAAGGCGAGAGGCUCUGUAUAAUCAUAUUUCAGCUCUGCAAAGAAAUGUGGAGAAGCUAAGAUCUGAAAUUGAGCAAAUGGACAUAGUGAAAGACCAUGGAGAUGAGGAGCUGUAUGACAAAUUAGAUUCUGCAUACGCUACUGAGGACGAGCACACCGAGGAGGAAGGAGAUGAGGCAUAUCUUGAAACCUAUGCUGACGAAAAUGAUGGCGAACAUGAAAGCGACAACUCAAUUCACAAUCACCACAUAGAAACGAAUUUCCCUUAUGAUAUCUAAGAUGAGGAGUUUGAAACAGAAGCUGCUGUGCAAGAUGAGGAGUCUGAAACAGAACCUGAGGCGCCUAAGCCCCAUAUGCAUAUGUCGUGGUCAGGUGACGGGGGCCUCAGAACUGAUAGAUUAGAGGCAGAAGAUGCUAGCUUACAAUGAUUGAACUACUGAGAAGUGAGAAGAAAAGGGAUACAAAUUAUGCUGAGGAGGAAGACUGGAGAGAUCCUCAGCCAGCACCCUUGACUGGAAAUCAUUUUUCUGAACCCAUGCAGAGUUUACUCCUCAUGUUUUAGUUUGGGUUUGGGAAAUUGGUGUAGGAAUCUUCUUGCAGAAGUGUGGCGUAUCAAUUUAAAGUUGUGUGAAUACAUGAGAGAUGUACAUUUCUUUCUGAUAUUAUAAGCAACCAUGCAUUUCACUGACCA